GUACGGUCCAUAACACUCCUCUCUGAUACACACCUCCACCACUCUCUCUUGUGGAAUAACUGACAUCAACCAGAAAAAUAAAGACGAAGAUUUCCAUAAAUUUUGACGAAUUUGUAGUAAACGAGCAAAAAAAAUUUCAAAUCUUUGUGUGUGAAUAUAUCUUUCUCCCGAUUGAAUUCGAACUCCUCGAUUUUUAUAGUUGUUGAGCUUCUACAGCCGAUCACAUAUGGUUUCUGUGCACCCGAAUCCCCAAACGGGUCAGGGUUUUACCCAUUUCUACAAUUUCCAUUUGGGUGGGGAUCCGGCGAAGGCAGCAGACAAUAACACGGCGUCGUACUGGAGCGUCGCCGCUGCCGCCGUGGAUGAGCCCGGAAAGAAGGUCCGAAAGCCUUACACGAUCACCAAGUCGAGAGAGAACUGGACUGAGAUGGAGCACGAGAAGUUUCUAGAAGCUCUUCAUUUAUUUGAUCGUGACUGGAAGAAAAUUGGGGCUUUUGUUGGCUCAAAGACAGUAAUCCAGAUUCGCAGCCAUGCUCAGAAACAUUUUAUGAAAGUUCAAAAGAAUGGUGCGAGUGAACAUGUUCCUCCCCCGCGGCCAAAGAGGAAAGCAGCUCACCCUUAUCCACAUAAAGCCCCCAAAAAAGUUGCAUCCCAACCCUCAGAACCGUUGUCUUCAGCUCCUCUUCUCGACCCCAAAUAUGCUGUGGGGCUGCAAUCAGUGUCAGUGCCCAGAAAUGUAAUUAGCAGCAAGUCUUUGUAUCAUUGCACUCCCCCAGUGCCAACGGGCUGUUCAUCUCCUAUAUCAAGUGAUGAAUUUGCAUUGUCUGGUGGUGCCAUGAACUGGAGUAGUAGCAGUGAUGACGUUACUCCUCGCAGAUGGGCGUCAAAUGAGACGAAUAGCCAAGUAAAAGAGAAAGUGAUAGGAAACAGAGCAGCUCUACCAGACUUUGCUCAGGUUUAUCGCUUUAUUGGCCGUCUAUUUGACUCUAGUGCCAAAGAUCACUUGACAGAGCUAAAAAAGAUGGACCCCAUAAAUAUCGAGACGGUGCUGAUGUUGAUGAACAAUCUCUCAGCCAACUUGAUCAGCCCUGAAUUUGAGAAUCAUAGGAAGUUGCUGUCAAUGUACAAUGUUGAUGCCGAAAAUGACCAGACGAGCAGUGAAACCUCUUGGUAGGGUUUUUGGAAGGUAAUGAGGCGCUAGUGUGAGCGUCCAAGCUCCUUGUUAUGGAUGGAAGUAAAUAGCAAUGUCAAUGUGCAUUCCCUACUCUUGUGUGUGUGUGUGUGUGUGUGUGUGUGUGGUUACUCUAAACUUCACAGAUGUAUUUUUAUCGCAUCUUAUCUUCUGGGAAUGGAUCAGAGUGCAAUGUGUGUAUGUAUAUAAAGUGAGACGGGCAGUUUUGCGAUCAUCAAAGAAGAAUUGAAUGUCUUUCUGCUCCAA